GCAUCCCAAGGAAUAAUUAUAUUGUUCUGGCCUGAAACAGGUUUCUUUGCGGUCUUUCAACACAUAGACCAUCACCAACAAACUGACCAAGAAUUACGACAGUUUCCCAACCACCGGUUUCAUCUACACCUCACAUCACCCUUCGCCGUGCUACCAACAGCAGACAUAACAAAAGACAACCUCAUCUUGAGAACAGGCCUUUCAUUCACACCCACCAAUAAACGCCGCCCUUGCAGCUAUGCGCUUCACGACGGCCCUCGCCAUCUUCUCGACCAGCCUUGCCACCCUCGGCGCGGCCCUCCCGGCCAAGCCCCAGCCCCAAAAGCCGACAUCGACCGGCGCCAAGCCCAGCCACAGGCUCUUCUGCCCCGGCCCCAGCUACGGCAGCAACGGGCUGGGAUCCAUAGUACCGAUCAGCUGUUACGACCGCAUGAAGUGCGACUCCUCCGGCCGCGCCGUCGGCCGGUCGGGCGGCAAGGCGGUGAGGAGCUUGUUCGGCAACCCCUGCGCAAACUCCUGCAUGUGCCUCAAGGCUUAGGCAGAUGGCCUCGUUGGGUGACUGUGAGAUGACAUCUUUGUAAGGUGGUCGUAUGUGAAGAUUUGGCUAGGUGGCGUGCGUAUCUGGGUCUUAUGUUUUAUGCAUGGCGUAAGGGGAGUUGCGGUGUUACAAUCCGGCUGGCGUUUGUUUUCAGGGCCUUUUUUGCAAAGGUAUCUGCAUUUGGAAAGCUGUCCCUGUUUCCUCGUCCUAUAUCCCUUGGGGCCCCUAUCCCUUAUACAUCCAUAUAUUUAGUUUUGUGUAACAGCGUCCGAUUUCUCAAGUGA